UUGGCAACAUUGAACCUGUAGUUGCGUUACAUUCUCAUUUUUUGCUUGGAUUCUUCUAACCUCUUUCUCACAGUGAUCGAAAUACAUGUAAAAAGCACAUAUAUGUUAUUAUGUACAGAUGAAUGAAAGAUGGAUGAAAAUCAUGAUUUCAAUCGUAUAUAAAACAUAUAAAAAACGGCAAGAAAUAUUGUUUAUUUUAUCGGAAGCAAAUUCAUACUAUGGCUACCUGUCAAUCGUGCUGACGUUGGAUCAACGUAACGAGCUAUUUUAUAACUAUUACGAAUUUGAGACUACCCUGAUGUAUAUACGUAAUUGAAUAUUUAAGCCAUACAUUACGAUUUCACUUUGUUAUUUCUGUAUCAACAUAGGUUGAGAUUUUCGCGAUCCUGAUAAUUGAUUAUAAAGAUGGGCGACAUUAAAUAUUAUGGUAAAAGAAGAAGUAUUGUAAGGAGAAUUGGAUCUUUUUUACCAUUGAAGCCCCCGCCAAAAAUAUAUGUCAGUGUGACACCAUUACACUUGAUGACAAAUUCUAUGAUUAAUGAGGAAACUAGUAGCAAUUAUAUUGAUACAAAUGGAUAUCCCAUAAGAUCAGAUCUGUUCGAGCCGAUUAGUUUUGGAUCAGAAGUACGAUUGCUCGCGUUAGAGCAAGAAUUACAAGAGCUUAGGGAACAAAUUUCAACAAUUGUGAAAAAUAAUAAAUUGUCCAAAUAUGCAUCUGUAGCGUCUCUGCCCAAUGGAGAAGAUAAUCUAAAGUCUUUGUCAGUGCCACCACCACCUCCUCCACCUCCACCACCACUUCCACUUCCAUUUUUACCACCCACAACACCCCAUAUCGCGAGAAGGGCUAGUUUGCAAGAUCACAAAAUUGAAGAUCGCAAGAAAAUUCUAUUGAGUGUAGAGAAAUCGACGGGUGAUAUGCUGAAGGAUAUCGAUAAUGUAAAAUUAAGACCAGUUGCAAGGUCUCCAGGCGGCCAUCCUAUGCGGGUGAAACGUGAGAAUAGUCCAUGCAAUGAUUUGCAGGAAAUUUUACGAAGGCGUUACAUUGCAAUGCAAUCUCCCGAUAGUAAGAAUUCAUCAGCUAAUUUAGCUAUGGACAAUUCAUUUUGAAUGGAUUCAAAACAAAUUGUCCAUAAUUAAGUAUGUGAAAAUUUUUCAAAAUAUUUUCUUUAUACGUAUAUUUAUACGAAAUUUAGAGCUUUUACA